UUAACUUGGUCCUCUCCAGAUAUGUGAGGAUGACAAAACCGACCAUGACUAGACGAAAAAGCAGUUUAUUCCUAAAGGGGGAAAAAAUCCAGCUGCCGAAAACUGAAAUUCAGCUGCCUGGAGCGAGGGGUAAGGAAAGGGCGAAGCCACUGGCCGGGGUUGCGGAUUGCGAAAACAAACGCUUGUUCCACUCUCAGCCCAAAGGAGGCGCUAUAGAGACUUGACUGACCCGAACGGGAAGGCGGAUCGCUAAAUUUAAGUCUCUCCGCGGUAACUUCCUGGAUUGCCGCAGGGAGUAAAGUUUUCUGACCGUUUAGUUUCGCUUUUACUUCCGACGUAGCGUUGCGGACAGCAGGAAAAGCGAGAGGAUUCGGGAGCUGCUCGCCGCGGGCAUCACGCGGCGUCUGUUGCUUAUCUAAAUAUUGGCAGAAGAUACCUAUUCCUGUGUUGCCACUGAUGGCUGAAGAUACUAAAAAUGAUUAUGCUGAUACAGUUGAUGCAAAACCUUCAAGAACUGAUCGGUUAUCCAUCUUUCCAAAAAAAAAGAAGAAUGAAUGGGAAGGUCAGCCAGAGGAUUCUCCUGGUAACCAAUAUCGGAUUAUUAUCCCUACAUUCCAAUAUAAUAUAGCCUAUAAGAAGCUUGGUAAAUGCAUUAUUAUAAACAAUAAGAACUUUGCAAAAGAAACAGGGAUGUUUAUACGAAAUGGUACCGACAAAGAUGCUGGUGACUUACAAAAUUGUUUUCGGGACAUUGGUUUUGAGGUUUCCAUCUAUAAUGAUCUCAGCUGUAAGAAAAUGAGGGAAAUUCUUGGUGAAGUUGCCAAUGAAGAUCACAGUGACGCUGCUUGUUUUUCAUGCAUCUUAUUAAGCCAUGGAGAUGAAGGCCGCAUCUAUGGCACAGAUGCAUUCAUGGCAAUCAAGGAUUUGACGACACUUUUCAGAGGAGACAAAUGCCAAAGCCUAAUUGGAAAACCCAAAUUGUUCUUUAUUCAGGCAUGCCGCGGUUCUGAAUUUGAUGAUGGGAUUCAGACAGAUUCGGGUUCUUCAAAUGACACCCUGGAAAUGGAUGCCAAUCCAAGAUACAAGAUUCCAGUUGAAGCAGAUUUUUUGUAUGCAUAUUCCACUGUACCAGGUUACUAUUCCUGGAGGAAUCCAGGGAAAGGAUCCUGGUUUGUGCAGUCUCUUUGCUCAGUGCUGAAUGAGUAUGGCAAAAAACUGGAGAUCCUGCAAAUUCUAACCCUGGUUAAUUACAGAGUAGCAAGAAACUAUGAAUCUCAGUCUGAUGACCCACGCUUCUGCAGGAAGAAGCAGGUUCCUUGUGUGGUAUCCAUGCUAACUAAAGAACUUUAUUUCUGUAAAUUGGUGCCACCAGCACAGCAAACUUAAAAUACAUGGUGCAUGAUAACUUGCAAUACAUUUUUAAUCUAAGCUUUUCCAGCAAAAGGCAGUCAUAAAUCUAGAGUUAAAAUUGAUACAUGGCUUUUAAAAUACACAAUACCAGGAUUACCUCAGUCGAUUAAUAUAUUGAUUUUCACAGUGCCACAUGUUUCUGUAUUGUUGGAGGUGCCUAUUCCUUGUUUCUAUUUUUACUGGGAGCAAUCACAAUAUUUCUCUGGAGUCUUGCUUUCCCCGUCAUAGAAAUAGGUCAUUUUUCCUCUAUUAAUUACUUUUUUUAGGUUUAUCAUUAAUUUAUAAGAAUAAUUGUAUAUAUUUUGUCAAAUAUCUCCAGUGACAUCUGCAAUACAAAAAAAAGUAUUAGCAAAGUUUAUUUGAUGUUCAGUGAUAAAAUGGUUGAGAAAUCAUCUAAGGAAGCUUAAAUGCUCUUUUUCAUCCCAGUCUACAUAUAGAAUCACUAGGUGGGAUCCAUAUUUAGUCUUAUAAAUCAUUACUUUGUGUACCACUUGAUUUCAUUAUUAUUAAUUUAAACUCCAUAAUUUCAGUGAGUCUGCUCUAACUUAAGUAAAUCAGCUGUUAAUUUAAGUAAUUCUCUAUGAACAACUCCCUGUUCUCUUCCUUGUUUUGGCAACCAGUUCUUAUAAACGUAAGAUACAUAUGAAUGGCUUAUUUUUACCUUGAAUGAAAAAAAUGUUCCUGGUCCUUUUUUGAGAUCAAUGAACAAUAAAUACAAUGUACAAUCUAUUCUACACCAAAGUAAUUUUGUAUCAAAGGCAUUUAUGUAGUAUAUAAAUAGAACAGUAUUAUAGGUUGUUGAUUUGUUCAAUGCAUAAUUCUACAAAGCAAGUAAAAGAAUAGAAAAUUAUUUCUAAGAUUCUAUUUUCUUGUAAUUAUUUGCCACUGUUAACAAACCUUAAUUUUGUUCUCAUUUUCUAUGCAUAAUUGUAGUCUUUGCCUAAACAAGUUUUUCUUGGAAUGUCUUUAUCCCUUGUGGUAAUUGUUGGUUUCUUGUUUUCUUAAUAUACAAUCAAUAUUAUGUAACUUUUUUUUAAUUUUUACAAAAAGCCUUUAUUAGUAGUACAUAUUUACAAUAGAUUCACUUCAUAGAUUUUCACAUUUAUUGUACAAUUAGAGUAGCUACUUGGUAGUUUAAGGACUUACCAAGGGACUUGUCCCUUUCAAGCAACUUUUGGGCCAAUAUACUUUUCAAAUGCACACACACAAACACAUAUAUGCACUGAUGAAAGUUCCUGAAAUUGAAUCUUUGGGAUUAGGCAUGUUGUUUUGGUUUUUGACACAGAAGAGAAGAUGACCUUGAUGAAAUACAUGACAACCAAUCAAAGCAGGUGCUAUUUUGGGUUGUAAAGUGAUUACAAUUUGGUAAUAAAGUAUUUUCCUUAGCCUACAGUUUGCAUACAAAAUAAAAUUGGAAAUGUAACUACAAAAUAGCAUUAAUCAUGGGGACUGCAACAGUACUAAAACAUUCUCAGUGACUUCUAAGAAUUCUUAAAGAGUUUACAUUUCUGCUCUAUGAAGAUGUAUUAAUAAACUGUUUAUUAUAGCACUGGAAAUAGCUAUCUCCAUUAACCUUAUAAGAAUGUUAAAUACUUUGAAAUGCUUAAGUUAACCAGCGGCUAACAAAGGAAAGGAAUGUAGAAAAAUUCCUUAGUUUAUCACCAAAUAUUCACAAAUUCAGUAAAACAGAAAUUUUCCACUGUGUUUAUAUUAUUUGCAUAAUGAACUGUGAAUUAUGUAAUUUCUGAUUUUGUGGUUAGUCAACAAUAACAGGCACCCUUUAUACCAUGGAUCAAUUAUGGUGAGGGCAUAUUUUCUAAAUUAUUUAUAUGUAAUAUGGCCAAUCUAUAUAUAAGCAAAAACCAUGUUUCUUUGAAAAUAUGUUUAUGAAUUCCAAAAAGGAAAAAACUGAUGGGAUAAACAUAGAUAUACAAUACAACAAAUCUGUUUGUUAAGGUGUUUUUGUUUUAACUUUUGGAAGAAGGCAUAUUUAGCACCUCACACCUGGAGAAAUCAUUGGUAGUAUGCUGUAUUACUAUAAUCCAGCUGUCAUUACAAUAUGUGUUUCUCUAGGUUUGUUUUGUAUCUUCCAAAUAUGUAAUAUAUGUUUAUUGCUCAAAAAGAAAGUUAUCUUUAGCAUAGCAAUCUUCCUGGAAAAGGAGUAUUGGGCAGCAGUUCCUAGCAAGGGUGGCCAAUUGCUGAAGUAGUGGUCCUAUAUAUUUGAAGGACACAUUUAGGGGCUAACGUUGUAUACCAGCCAGACAGUGCUGUAAAGCAUUAUGGAGCAGUAUGUAAGUAUGGCUUGCUUCAAGUUGAAUCAGAUCUCUGGUAGAUCAAUUAAAAGCAUGUAGUUGCAUCAAGCACCAAAGCUUUGAAACAUGUUCCUUAAUGUAGAGGAGAUGUGAGAUAUAAUUCUCAAUCAGAAACCAGAUGAGAGCAAGUCUGACCAUUAUAAAAAUGGAAACAAAACUGGUCCACUCCCAAAGAGGGAGCCUGAUAGCCUAUUAUUUAGGGAGGGAUGAAAAAAAUUACAUGUAAAAUACUGAGAGUAUAAUUUUUUAAAAUAAGGACUACUUCAAUAUUUACUUUCAUUACUGACAUUUUACUUUCAAUGUUCUUAAAUAUUAGUAGUUCACUUCUUGGAUUUUUCUCAUGCAUUUUCUGAGUGAUUCUCUGAAGCUUGACAAUCUCAGCAACUUGUUACUCUGACAACCCAGCUUCAACUUUUCCAAAACCAAUUCAUAAAAACUCACUUGUCUACUGUUGACUCUGAAUAAGACAGCAACGUUUUAGUCCAGUUUAAAUAUUAGAUGAGUCUGCACCAUUCUCUGAAAGAUACCCAAAUUAAUCAACUGAUUUACACCAAAAGCCAUCUAGGACAAGACCAGCAGUUGCUAGCCACUGCCCAACUUCUGUAAAAUUAUUUUGCUGCCCAAGUUCCAUCCAGUAAAAUGAGAUAGAUCUUCUGAUGAUCUUAAAAAAAAAUACACCACACAGUGUGAGUUAGAAAUUUCCUUGAGCCAGAUAUAUAUACCCCUCAGUGAUUUUGGGAAACGGAAGAGAGUUUCAGUAUGUCGGCAAACUUGUGGGCAAGAUCUGAGGAAAAGUCUAAUCUAUUAUAAAAACCUACUUCCGCCUCGGAUCUUGGAUACGUGUUUGCAGCUCAGACUCCCAACUGAAGCAUAAGUUGCUAAAUAAAAAUACAUCCGUGCACUAAUUCUUUGUAUAUAACAAUUGGUUUAGUUAUUUAUUACUCAUUUACUUUGCAGUAUUUGUUGCCAUCUCAAUCAGGUUGCCUCCUGCAAAGUUAAGAAGUCUAUAAUUACAUUAAAAACAUAAUAGUAAUAGAAAGAAAUACAGUACAUCUUAAGGGCCAAAUGCUAAGUGGAGCAAUAAUAAUUUGGUCUGUCCAAACUAACAGCCAAUCAUACUUCUGGAGCAAAGUGCAAUGAAUUCACCGCUGAGAAGGCCUGAUCUUUUUGAACAAGCAUCAUGUUUGGAUGGCAUAUUUAAUUAUAUGGCUGCUCAUUUCACAUAAAUGACUGGGCAACUAAUAAAAAAAUAAAAA